CUCACAGUUGGCCUUGAAUUUGAAAACUUUCACAAAAAUCGCCGGAUUUUCAACAAAUUAGCCAUUAUCAAACAACUCACAAAGAUUGUCCAAAAUGUGUCGACUUGUCACGACCAACCAUAACCCAGUUUUUAUUUGAAUCCGAACGAUCACGUUACGUCACCCAAACGGUUUGCCGCCAAAAACCGCAAAUAUUUAUUUUUACGAAACACAAUCACCAAUUUAUUUAUCUGUGUUGGGUUUGGGUGACUCAAAAUAUGAGUUUUGACUGGUUAUGUGUAUAAACAAGCACCCACAUUCGUCCAACGAAACAGUUCUUUAGGUGAUUCGAGUGCUGUUAAUCUUUCAAACAUGAGUGACACGGAGGCCGAACUUGAAUCUUUCAAUUAUGACAAUUGUAUAGUUACACGCCACGACGACUCGGACGAGUCUUGCACAACUAAUUUGGUGCUACCAGAACCAGAGAACACACUAAAUGAACCUUCACAACAACCCGAAACUGAUGAGUCGGAUUUUGAAAUAACACGCGAGACGUUAGAAGAAGCGGACUUAACCCCAGAAGACAGUUUCUUUUUUGUGUUAGGAAUGUUGAACCGGGUCGAAAAAUACUUGAACAAACUAGAAGAAGGUGGUCCUAAACAGUGGCUGACAAGCCAGAUUUUCAUAAUAAAAACCGUCUUCUUUAAAAAUUUAAAGCUCUUUAAUAACAACGGUUCCAAAAUUAAUAAAACUGUAAACAAUAAAGUUACUAAAGCAAAGAAAAAUCCACGGAAAAACGGAGUGAUAGCACGCAGGGUUACAACGAAAACAAAAUCACAAGUUGAAUCAUGUCACAUUUAUGACCCCCAGUCACCGGAAGUGGGGACUCCAAAUCACGUUGAGACUUCUGAGACUCAACUGGGAAGGAGGCGCUCACAGCGCUUACUGGAAUUUGCCCAAGAUAGAGAGCUUGUACACUGUGAUCGGAUGUCACUAAUUUCUUUAAAACUGCCAUCAUCCACUCCUAUACCUCAGAUAGUGAAAAGAAAAGUGAAAGGGCAGAUUGUGGAAUCAAAAUUUCUGUUAAGUCACUCGCCAAUUAAAAGCAAGUCUAAACGAAAAUUAAAUGUGUCUCAGAAAACCCCCAAAAACAAUAAAGAAAAGAAGGCAGGGGCGUCUUCAGGGGGGACUAACACUCUUUCAGGUAAAAGGGGGUCAAAAAGUUUGAUUGUGAAAUCUGGUGGUCAAGAAAAAAUGACUACUCAGAAAACAAGAAAACGCAGGGCUGUCAGUGUGGACAGGGAAUCUAAUAAAAAAGCGAAAAAAUCUGCAGACGUCACAACAGAUUCAACAACAGACUCAAGCGGGAUAAAUCUUCCAUCUACCAGUAGGGGCAAAAGAGCGCUAUAUUCGGCUGAUUCUUGGCUGCAUUCGCUUACAAUGAUGCAGCAGUCGAUGCUAGGCUCGUAGUUUUUUUUACCCAAUUUAUUUUAUUUUAUUUUUUGUUUAUAUUAUAAUUCAUCGAUGAAGUUUUUCUAUUUUUCUAUUUAUAUUAUUGUAUAUCAGGAAAUAAAAGAAAUCUGUGUAAGACUA